CAAAUAAGCUGAAGAGUAGUAAAGCACGGUAGUCAACAAGGGUCGCGAAGUGAUCUUGCGAAAAGGACCAUUUGUUACCCGCCCUAAAAUAGCUGGGUCAGUUUCCCGCAAGCGAUUUUGCCGAAUAAAAAAGUCGCUCACUUCCUGCACUUCGUCCGCCAAUCAGCACCCCCGCAACCAACUUGGAAACAGCCUCUCUGGGCUGACACCUGUCAUUCGGCCCCGGCGGUCUCGCGAAACGUAACGAGGCUUCGCAUUGCGUCGCGUUACGUCGCACGAUAUAUCCGUCCGACGCGUAGAAACGGUGUCCGAAGCACACUACUCCAAAUAUUGUCGUUCCGUACCUUGCAGCCUGCUGCGACCGUAGCCGUAGGAGAAAGAUAAGAUACAGUCUUAGAAUCUUCUAGAUGCAGUCCACGUCAGCAUCCGGAGGGCCACGAUCCGCCAUCCGGCCACCCGCGGGAGCAGCCGCUCAGUCACCCGCGCAUGGCCCCCCCAUCGGCGCAGGAGUCGGUGGAGAUCUUCCGCCUGGCGGGGGGAGCGCCGCGGGCGGCGCAGCGGAAGAGGGGGGGCUCGUGCAGGCGGGAUUGGCGCACGGGGGAGCGGGAGUUGCGGAGCUGUCUAAAGCCGCGGCGCGGAGAGUGGUCGACCUGCGGUCCGACACGGUGACUAAGCCCACAGCUGCGAUGCGAGAAGCGAUGAAGACCGCUGAGGUGGACGAUGACGUCAUCGGGGUCGAUCCGACGGUGGACAGGCUCCAGAAGCAGGUGGCGCAGAUGAUGGGGAAGGAGGCGGGGCUGUUCGUGCCGUCGGGGACCAUGGGGAACCUCAUCUGCGUCUUGGUGCAUUGCGAGGUGCGGGGCAGCGAGGUCAUUCUAGGAGCCGACUCCCACAUCAGCGUGUACGAGCAGGGGGGCGUGGCGACGCUCGGCAGUGUGCACCCGCGCACGGUGCCGAACAAAGCGGACGGCACGAUGGACUUGAAGAAGGUGGAGCUGGCGAUCAGGAAGGACGACGAGCACUACCCCGUCACCCGGCUGAUCUGCCUGGAGAACACACACAACAGGUGCGGUGGCCGUGCCAUAAGUGUCGACUACACGGAGCGGUUGGCAGAGCUGGCGUCGUGGUACGGACUCAAGUUCCACAUCGAUGGAGCGAGAAUAUUCAACGCUGCUGCGGCUCUUCGGGUGCCAGUGGACCGUCUUGUUCGGCCGGCACACAGCGUGUCCGUGUGCCUGUCUAAAGGGCUGGGAGCGCCAGCUGGGAGUGUAAUUGUUGGCUCCACAGAGUUCAUUGCUAAGGCCCGUCGCCUACGGAAAGCACUGGGCGGCAGCAUGAGGCAGGUGGGCGUGUUGGCUGCAGCAGGACUGGUGGCCCUUCAAGAAUCCGUUCCCCGGUUAAUCAGAGACCACCAGAGGGCGAUGCAACUAGCAGAGGGCUUGGAUACACUUGAUGGCCUAGCGGUGGACGUUAGUACGGUUGACACUAACAUAGUGACCAUGGACGUGAAGGGUGAUUGCCCCAUAGGUGCAGAGGAGCUGUGCAAUGCUCUGCGGCAGGCUGGCGUUCUGACAACCCUGCGCAGUAAUAACAAGAUCAGAAUGGUCACGCAUUACCACAUCACAGCAGAAGACAUACGAUACACUCUCGCGUGCACACAGCAAAUUCUGCUGAAGUCCUCUCUCGAGGAGGAAGACUCCACAUACAUUUGAUACUAGAGUAGCAUGACAAUUGGGUUAUAAUUUACUCACGACUGAAGUGGGUUUGAUGAUUUGAACGUGUUUCCAAUAAAGAUUAAGGACAAUG